UUACACGAAGAUACUAAUUCGCAAAAAACACCGUCAACUGAAUUUUCUUUGGGCACUAAACGUGAGAUGGACAAGGCUGGAUUCGCCUGCGCCAGUGUUGCGUUCCCUUGGCUGAUUUCCCAACUCCAUCGGCUAGGCUUCUCGCCUCUCGCCAAAUACUUUGAACGUCAGCUGCCGAUGCGUUUCCCGGCUACCGACUACAGUCUUCUGCGCUCAACUCCCUGCUGA